UACACAUACAUACAAGCACACACAGAGAUCACAGAUACAAUGGCAGAGUCCCACCUGCAAGCAUCCCUGAUCACAGCCUCACAGUUUUUCGAGAUCUGGCUCCAUUUCGACGUUGAUGGAAGUGGUUACCUGGAAGGUAAGGAACUACAGAACUUGAUCCAGGAGCUGCAGCAGGCGCGGAAGAAGGCUGGAUUGGAUUUAUCACCUGAAAUGAAAAGUUUUGUGGAUCAAUAUGGACAGAAUGAUGAUGGAAAAAUAGGAAUGGUAGAGUUGGCUCAUGUAUUACCAACAGAAGAGAACUUCCUGCUUCUCUUUAGAUGUCAGCAGCUGAAGUCCUGUGAGGAAUUCAUGCAGACAUGGAGAAAGUAUGACACUGAUCACAGUGGCUUCAUAGAAACUGAGGAACUGAAGAAUUUUCUAAAGGACUUGCUAGAGAAAGCAAACAAGACUUUUGAUGACACGAAAUUAGCCGAAUAUACAGACUUGAUGCUGAAAAUGUUUGAUUCAAACAAUGAUGGAAAGUUGGAAUUAACUGAAAUGGCAAGGUUGUUACCAGUACAAGAGAAUUUCCUGCUUAAAUUUCAGGGAGUCAAAAUGUGUGGGAAAGAGUUCAAUAAAGCUUUUGAGUUAUAUGAUCAGGAUGGCAAUGGAUACAUAGAUGAAAAUGAAUUGGAUGCUUUACUGAAAGAUCUUUGUGAAAAGAAUAAGCAGGAUCUGGACGUUAAUAACAUUUCAGCAUACAAAAAAAGCAUCAUGGCUUUGUCGGAUGGUGGCAAGCUGUACCGAACAGAUCUGGCUCUCAUCCUCUGUGCUGGUGAUAACUAGAGAUCCACAAUCAUAUACAGUCAGUCACUAGUGAUACCUUGGAUCUAUAUGAUAACUGUGCACUAUAAGGGAGUAGGCUGUACUUUCUUUUAUAUCUGUAAAUUUACCUGCAUAUAGAUAAUUAUCCAGGAUGUGUGGCACAUUCUUUUCAGUCUGUUUCUAUACUGUUUGUAAUGUACAGUUUUUGUAACUCUAUGAUCAAUCGAUAAGAAGAAUGUCUCUGUCUGGGUCAGUCUGUAAAUUCAAUAAAACCACCUAAAACUGCUCUUGCUUUCUGAAAUAUAGCUGGACAAGAUUUCAAAAAGAAAAAAAAAAGCUUCUUAGGGCUAUUCUGUGAAAAUUAUCCUCUGUCGUUUCAAUCCAUGUUUCUCUCCAAAUAGAAGCAUUGUGUACAAUAGACCAGGCAGCCUUAUUUUAGGAGAGAUCACAGGUCUGACACACAUAGAAUUUAUAGGCCAUAUCCACAAUUAUGGGGAGGAAAAUGCUCUUAGAGCUAAAUUAUUCCCUAAAACAUAAAUAUCUAGAAAAACUAAUUACUUGUAAUUUAGCCAUAGUGAAAAAGGAAUUUAUCAACACAUAUAUUCUGUGGCAUAGAAUCCAUGAUGACACUACAUUUAUUCAGUACAAUGAACACUUAUGAAAAUAAAAGAAAUGUCAGUAAAUCUUUAUUAAUUACCUAAAAUGCAUCAGGCACUGGGCUAAGCACUGGGAAUACAAAAAAAAGGGGGACAAAAGAUGGUCCCUGCCCUCAAAUAACUUAUAAUCUAAUAGGAGAGUUUGUGCCAGGCAAUGUUAGAUGCUAGCGAUGAAAAUAUAAAAUUUAAAACAGACCCUGCCUCAAGGAAUUUACAGUCUACUGGAAUGUAUACUCUAUUUAUGUUGUUCUGAAAUAUCCACCCACAUAAAGCUUUCCAUCAAACUCUUGAUCCCAGUUAAUUUUGUGAUGAGGUGAGCAAAGGCAGCAAUUGGGCAGCAACAUGGAUCUGUCUCAUUCUGUAUAUGUAUUUCUCAUCAAGCCUACCAUCAAAGAAGAUGAACUUAAUCCAUUUUCUAAACUAUUUUCACAUGUUGCAGAUUAUAAUUAUUCUAGUAAACUGCUGUUUUUACACCAUAGUCUGUGUAACUUGUAAUUAAAUUUAAUAUACUAAGUACUCUGGUGUCUAGUUUUCCAUAUUUCCUGUACUUCCUUCAUCUAAAAAUGGUAUCAUCUUCACCAAAUGUCUCUAUUUCCUCUGAAAAUAUUUCCUAGCUCUAACAAUUAUUUUACUAAAUAUCUGAAUUUUAAUUAAAGAUUAAUGUUAAAAAAAAAGAUGGUUAAAUGUUAACUUGUCAAUAUCCUGGUUUAUGCCAUGGGCUCUGUAUUCCAUUGUGUGAAAUUAGCAUUCAAAAUAGUCUGAGUUCUACUUGUAUAUUGUGCUUAACAAGAGUAAAAUAUUGAUAUCUGAGAGGAAGAUUUCUUUCCUUUCAAUUAUCUUAUUAACAAAAUGAACUUCACUAGCAUAUUCUUCUACCCAUAACUGGUUUACAAUAUCACUAUAACACUAACUGGACCAAUCUCUGGUGGUUACUGUUGGACUUCCUAACAGCAUCUGCUUUUUGAUUCUCUAAUCAUGAGACAGGUCUAAUGAAAGGAUCAAGAAAGCUGUUUAUAGAGAAAAAAUAAAGAUGUAUAUGCAGAGAAGACAGGCAAUGAUGACUCUGAAUUUCAUACAUUUCAACUGAUUAUUUUUCCCUUUGUCUAAAGGAAGCAAAAUGGGUGUGCUGUUACUCAGUGGAUAAAAAGGUAAAGAGAUCAACCAAGAGAUAUCAUUCACUCAACUGUUUAAAUGAAUUAUAGUUAAGCUUUGUUCUUGGUAUGUAUAUGAACACACUAAAUUUAGGCUGAUUUUAAUUAUUAAGAACAAAUAAAGGGGGGAAACGGCUUCA